AUGGUCCAGGAGCCAGGGCGACCGGGGCCCAGCUCAGUUACGGCUCCAGUCACUAUGGCCGAACGCCCUGUAGCCUCGGCGGAGCUCGGCUUCUUUAGCGUCGAGGAUUACUUUACGCAACGAGAUGAGGUCAAGAAACGACAGCACGCGAUCGCCUUUGAUCAUGAGUGUACCGUCCAUGCUAGCAAGAAGGAACAGAAAGCGGACCAGAUACUGCAGCUCCUCAAAAAGAGAGACAACCUUAGAGUCUACAAGGCAGCCUCGCCUCGCGUAGGCUACGGCGGCCAACAGCAUCCGCGGUUUGCGGGGGACCAUUUCCUAUCAAACGAGUCGUUGAUAGAGCAGACAGAUGUCUUCCGCGUCGCGCACCAUAUGCCCAAAGGUGCACACCUUCACAUUCACUUCAACGCGUGCCUAGACCCUAGUGUUCUGCUUGAAGUUGCAAAGAACAUGGAUCGCAUGUUCAUCACUAGCGAUCUCCCAUUAAUCUUAGACCACAGCUCCUUCAAUUACGACCGAUGUGAGAUCCAGUUCUCUCUUCUUCCGCCCGAGAAGGAACGGCCCGGGAAUUUGUUCUCAGCAACAUAUCAGCCACGUCAAACAAUGCCGUUCAAGCAGUUCCUUAAUGAGUUUUCUUCUCAUAAUCCACACAUUAGUGUAGAUGAAUGGUUAGAACGGAAACUUCUUUUCGAUGAGGAGGAGGCACAUAACAAACUCCAGACAUGUUCGGGGGCGUGGCAAAAGUUCAACGGGAGGACACGCAUGAUGAAGGGGCUUUUUAACUACGAGUCGGCCUACCGGAUAUACACCCGACGGUGCCUCGAAGAAUUCGUCAGAGACAAUAUCCAGUACGCUGAAAUUAGGCCAAACUUUAUGAAGACUAAUCAGCUAUAUGUCGACGAUGCAUCCCGCACGAUAAACAACGAGGGGAUUAUGCAUAUCAUCAUAGACGAGUACAACAAGUUUCAGGCGCAGACGCAGGGGUACUUCGGAGGACUUAAGAUUAUCUACUGCACGCCGAGGGUGUUCUCUAGGGAGCAGGUCCGAUUUGCGCUAAAUGAAUGCCGUGCCUUCAAGAAGAGGUGGCCGGAGUGGAUUGCCGGCUUUGACCUUGUUGGAGAAGAGGCUGAACCGAACCCUCUCAAGACUUUUGUGCCUGAGCUCCUCGAGUUUCGGAAGCUAUGCAUCGAGGAGAAUUUAGACAUACCCUUCCUCUUCCAUUGUGGAGAGACCCUCAAUAUCGGGACAGAGACGGACGAAAACCUCCUUGACGCACUACUUCUCGAUGCCAAACGCAUCGGGCACGGGUUCGCUCUGGCGCGACAGCCGUACGUCAUGGAGCGCAUGAAGGAGCGGGGGAUUUGCCUCGAGCUCUGCCCGAUAUCAAACGAGGUCUUGGGUCUUACGCCACGAGUUGGCGGCCAUGCCAUGUACACCCUUCUCGCAAACAAUGUGCACUGCACAGUGAACUCGGAUAACGGAACCUUUUUUAGGUCAACAUUAUCUCACGACUUUUACCAAGUCAUGAUUGGCAAGUCCGAUAUGUCGCUGCAUGGCUGGCGACAGCUCAUUGAGUGGAGUCUACAACACUCAUGUAUGUCGAUCGAUGAGCGACAAAAUGUUCGGGCGGAAUGGGAGAAGCGGUGGGAUGCGUUUUUGGAUUGGAUGCUCGAGGAAUACGGAGCUAUCGCGGACGGGAAUGAUGCAGGACACUGA